AGAAAGCAGUCACUCCUGUGAAAUACUAGCUCAAAGACUCUGAAAUUAUUAAGCAAUAUGCACUGUCUGCCCACUCUACCAUAAGCACUGCCAUUUCUGUGGACUCUGCAAUGACAGAGCAGGGUCAGGACAGCAGAGUUGGUGGGGCUGGUUCCCGGAGGCUGGGGAAGGGCUGCCCCACCCGGCCUCGCCCCACGGGCACAGCGUGUUCCUGACCGCUGUCACACGGCUGCCCCUCCCGGACCUGCACUCCCCCUCCCCGCCAGAAUAACUGUGCUCGGGGCCACAGCAGUAUUUCAACAGCUUCUUCCACGUUUUGCAGCGCUCAAAGGUUCUGUAUAUAACAAACUUGAAACUCAACACCAUGCAACCCUCUCAUGGAAUGAUUCUCAUUUUUCUGCUUGCAAGACUGCAAUGGAAUAGAAGCAAUACUGAGGCUGGAGAAGUAAAAGAAGAAAGUAAACAAAAUAGCUCAAUUAGAGAUAACCAUCAGUCUGCAGUGAAACCAACUUCACAGAGAUCUGUUCCACAUAGGACUACUGCUGUAAAUCCUUCUGUCAUCAGUGAUGCUGCAGCAACAGCUGCCAAUGCCAAUGAAAAUAUAAUGAAAAGAACAGAAAUGAUCAGUGGGGCAAACAGCACAUCCCCGAGGUUCUCUGAUGGCACCACUUUAUCUUCAAAUGUGCCAAAAGAUGGAACAAAUAACUCUACCACAAACUUCCACAGAAGCCCGACAACUUUAGCAACUUUUAGAACAAUGGGUGACUUUUCUGGAGUGACCAAAAGUCUUGCAGCUACACCUACUUCCACAGUGACACCAAGCAACUCCACAGUCACCUAUAUUACUCCUGGGGAUUUGGAGCUUCCAAGUGAUAAUUCUUCAAUCAACCCCACCACGUCAUUCCCCAUCAGUGUCACUCUGACAUCACCCACAGUGAAGCAGGACAGUCCUACCCCAAAUUUCAACCCCAUUCAGCAGACAACAAAGAUGAAUUAUAAUGCCAGCAACCCUUUUACUGCAUCACCUAAUCCAAAAGAUGCCAAUGAAGACAAAACCAACAAAGAAGGAGUAGUAGCUGGUGUCAUUGUAGGAGCCAUUUUGGGAUUUAUAUUAAUUGGCCUGAUUGGAUAUUUUAUAUGUGGUAAGAAAAGAUCUGACUCAUUUUCCCACAGACGGCUUUAUGAUGAUACAAGGAGUGAACCAGUUCUCCACUUAGACAACUCCCUUGGACCAUAUGACACGAGUUUCGGAGGUGCAUCAGACGACAAAACCAGCACAGCAGGCAAGACAGAGGAAGACAGUGCAGGGCACCCAUCUGAUGGCAUUCCCAUGGCUGACAUCACACCAUCCCACCCUUCACCAUAAUGUUUGUUUCAGAUUAUAUUCUUGCCUGUUCUCUACAGCCUUUCAUUUUUUCCCAAAACAACCUGGCAGCUGUUAUCUUAGAGCCAUUACCGUGCAAACAGGGCUUUGAAAACUAAGGGAAAAAUCACAGGAUACACUCAUAUGCGACAGGCAGGGUCCAGCAGCAGAGCAUGAGUACUCUCCUUUGUAAUUAAAUGAUCAACCUAUGGUUUUCCUGGAAGGAUAUUAUAGUUGUUUUCUUAGAAAUAAUAUAGACAAACAGCAUCCAGGCAAGAUUCUGCCUUGUCAACAAUUGUAACAUAAGAAGACAUUGCAACAUAAAAAUUUUACUAGGAACUGCAAUGAUAUUUUAAUAUCAAUAAAAAAAAAAAACACCUCAGUUUAACUACCUUGAAGUGAAACUACUGUGUUCAAAUAUAAUGUCUACCUGAUAAAUGACUCACGGCCCCACUUUACAUUCGUACCUUCCUCCAUGAAUGUGACAAAAUUAAUUAGAUUUACUUGGAUUACUCAGUUUUGAUUACUUGAAGUUUGCUGCAGAGAAUGGAACUACCAAGUAACACAAACUACAUCUAACUUUUGACUAGGAUGACACAGAAUUAAAACCACUAUCGAUGGGAAAGAAAGAAGAUAAGCUUCUACUCCUCUGUCAAACUGAUCUGUUGUUUGAAUUGCAGGCCAGAUCUGCAGAAAUUAUGUAAAAUGUGUCAGUACAGGUUAGAUAGAAGAAAUACUAAACAUGAGAGGAAAGGAAUCUCUGCUGUGUAUAUAGAUACCCUAAAAAGCAUGGUCCAGUUCUGUCCAGUUAAAGCAUAAAAUAUGGCAGUAUAAUGCAAAUAACUGCAUAGUUUAUCUCUUUGCAACUACCAGACAGGCCUAAAGAAAAAGGCAUAGAAUAAACAAAACAAAAUGCAGAGAAAACAAUGCUCAUGGGACAUGCUUGUGUUAACUGUGCUCUGCCAAAAUGCUUUAUCUGGUGUGGGGGCUGUGGAUCGUGUCAAUGGAGUUAUCUCACAAACUGCCCGUGAAGGCUGCAGUGAGGUUCCAUUUGAUAUGUGAGUAAAUUACAUGCACACACACACACACCAGAGAGAAACUGCUCAGUCACACUGAAUAUGGGUUAAACAGGUAUUUGUUUAAAAGGUUAGAGAUCUGAUGUGCAGCGUUGCCAUCCCAAUCGGGUUCAAUCAUAAAAACAGCACGCGAGCCAUCAAAGCCAGAACCUGAUUUCUAACACUGUGUCCAGCAUGCUGGGCAGCAGACUGGAAAUCUGAGACACAUCCCCCUAUAUUACGUGAGAAUAUCACCCUGCUGCUUGAAAUGAAGAAAAAUGUAAUGCUCAGCUUUCACCUUCCUUAGCACAGACCUUACCAUUUUCCUGACAAAGCAGUGUCAUAUAAGCAAAUUCCUCCUUACACUUGAACCUCGGCCUCAGCCGAAAACAGAAAGAGCUCUCUCUAAGGAGAACUUGAGGAUAGAGAUGAAGAGAUGUUAAGAAGCUACCAGUGUUGCCUGCACUGGUAACCAUAAAACUAACUGCAAUGUAUUUUAGGAAUUUAUGAAAGCAAUAAUUAAUAAUUGCAAUGCCAUAAUAGGAAGAUUAGGAGUAAAUGAAGAAAUAUCACUGAGGCAAACAAAGUGUGCCCUUCAAUUAUAUCAUAUUAAUUUUUAACCAUCCAAUUCUGAUUUUUGCAUGUGCUUCUGUUUUCUAUGUAACUCUUUGAUGUUUUGCUUUUGUUUGUAUAUUGGUUUUCGAUUUUACCAUAGCAGCCUUCAAAAUGCAUGACACUUGUUUGUCCUUCACUUAAAGUUAGAAUCAUUAAUGCUUACUCAUAUAUAUUACAUAAAUAAAGUUGUUGUGUCCCAUUUUAUUUAAAACUUGAAAACUCUGGCUUGAAUUCAGACAGCUGUAUGUAUGUGAACUGGUGUUAUUUUUUUAGGGUUUACACUGACAAACAUUUAUAUUGGUAAAAUUAAUUAUCUCUUGUUCUAUUCCUCUUGCCUGUUUCCCAGCAUGAAAAUAUUAUUAGCUUCAGUGAAAGCUAAUUCCACCAAGCAUUUCAUGCCGGAACCAUCAGAUCUGUCUUUUAUGGCACAAUUACACUGACCUAUUACAAGAGGUGUUCUGGGUUACAGAAUGACUCUGGUAUCCACCUUUUCUUUCCUCUUUUCCCCAAAUAUGCCUACUAAUUUAGACUGUGGGGAGGGACUUAAGAUAAAGGUGGUAGUCUAUUAUCCUAGGAGAAGAAUGUAUCCACCAGUGUAAAAAUACUGGAAGGCUGACUAACCUAUAUGUUUGCCUCUGAAAAGACUCUGGCCUGAAUAAUAUAAAAUUCAGGCUUAAAGACACUAAAGACAGUCAUUAUAUUAGCAAUAAAAGGCAUUAUUUUCACCCACUAUUGGCAUAGAAACUGAAGUGAAUGAAAACAGGAAAAAAAUAUGUUUGUAUGAUAAAAUCCUUCUUUAGACUUUAUCAAGAGCUAUAACCUCCCUUUAUCAAGUAAUGAUAUAAAAGAGUUGGGUAAACUAAAAAAGGAAAAAAAAAUAAAGUAAAAAUGUACUUACCCCAAAUUGCCAUGAAAAUAGCAAAGAAGACAGUCCCUCCAUUAUCAAACAAAUGUGUAACCUAAACAGAAAAACAAUACAUCAGGACAAAUUAAUAUUGCCACAUUCUCUUUCGCCCCCAAAAUCCCAGAGUACAACACUGGUGGCAGAAGCUGAAAGCUAAGCUUUGUAAUAAGUAAUCCUACUUGCACGUUUCUUCUACCAAGGUUUGUCACACUCUGUCUUUUAGUAAGGUUGAAAUCUGCUGUUCCAGACUAUCACUUCAUGCAUCAGCAGAUACUAGGAGCUGUUCUGUCCAUGUCCAGGCAGGCUAAAAUUUCAUCCAGAAUUCCUGUCACAUGGUGGGUCAGAUUUAACCUCAACCUUUUCUAUUUUACGGGUUUUAUGAGCUUAAAUAACUCUUCGCUUUUCUUCCUCUACUUAAUGUCUCCUUUGAUUCCAUUUUAUUCUUAUCCUGAGCUGUUUUGCAAUUUCUCUACAGGUAAGAAUAGCAUGUAUUCCUUUGUAUCCAGGAAUUAUAUUCAGCCCCUCAACUUGUUGACAUAAUCUCGUUUUUAAAAGGCUUGUGCACUUUAACUCUAACAAACAUUAAAUAAUUUCUAAAUAUCACCCUCUAGAAGCCCUCAUAAUUCUAAACUGUGAACUUAAUUUCUUCUUAUGAAUACUCUUCUUUUAGUUGGAUUUAUUCCUUAUCUUACUCUUUGUCAAAAGAUUUUUUUAAAGCAGAACAGCUAUUUGGCUGCAAAGUCUAAGGCUUAUGGAUUGAAUAUAUGUCUUGAAACAGAAAAUAUUUAUUUAUAUAUAUUGACUUAUAUUUAUUUAUUUAUACUUACUGAAAAUAAGUACUGAUUGAAAAUCAGGUUUUGCAUGCCUAUGGAUCAUUCUAAACGUCUUGAGUGGGUGAAUUUGAUUCUUACAAAACUUACGAAAACACUUAUGAAAACACCAUAAUUUAUAUUACAAAAAUCUGCAAUUUCUAGUAUUCAAUCCACAAUAUGAAACCGUUUUUAGGAAGUUGAUAUUAAGAUUAAUACAAUUUCAGUAAAGUUAAAGUUGCCAAUUUAUAGCAAUGUAAUUUAUCCAAGGAUAUUGGGCCUACACUUCUAAUGAAGGGUGGUUUAAGAUGUUGAUGACAAUUAUUAAGCAAAGCAGAGACUUCAAAUUCCUAUUUGAAAAAAAAAGCAUAAAUCACUAUAAAAUACUAGAGCAAACCAACUUAUCAUCGACAGGCCUAUAUUAAAAGAGGAUCUGAAGAAGGAGGAAAAAGGAAAGAAGAAGCUUUACAAAUGGUUUUGAUAUCUAUUGCCCUAAAACACUCUUUGAAAUAAGAAGAGAAUGUCUUGAAAUGGAAUAUUAUUGAAAAAAACUUUCAUUGGUGCUGACUGUUGCUGACUUAAGAACCAAUUUUUAAGCUUUUAUCAUGAAAAUAAACCUGUCCUUAUGCCAAUGGAAGGGCACAGGUAACCAGACUGACUUUUGCUGUACUGUGACCUCCUCUUAAACCUGAAGUUACUCUGGCCAACAGGAAUGCUGUCCAGGAGGUGUGCCAGGAUGCUGGGACUGACAGCCUGCCUCAGGCAGGUUACCCAACCUGCUCCUGUGAGAACUGCCUGCUGCAAGGAGAACUUAUCCUGCAGACAGAUUUUCAUUCUUCUAGAAAAGUCUGGCAUUACUGCUUCUGCCUCAGAAUACAAGAAAACUAACUAAUGAAAGCAGAAAAUGUUAAUAGAAACUGUGUUUCUUGCCUCUGUUUUAUUUCUUAUUGAGUAAAAUUAAAAUGUUGUGAGAAUUUAUUAUAAA